GAAAGAAGCGAAACUUAGAGCAGAGUGAAAGUGAAAGUGAAGGUGAAAGAGAAAGGGAUGGGUGCGAUCACGAGCGCGGUGAUAGCAGUGGUAGGGGUGCUUCUGGGUUGGAUCACCAUUGAGAUCGCAUGCAAGCCCUGUCUUGAAAAGGGACGCGAAGCCAUCGAUCGCAAUCUCAACCCAGAUUACGAUCCCGACGACGACACCGCUAUUCGCGCCCCACUCAACCCCACCACCGUCUCCGACCCCUCCCCCGCCGCCGCUUCCUCCGCCGUCAAAGUCGUUUGAAAAAUGCUCAUAUUUUGUCCUGGUAUUCAAUAUCUAUACUCAAAGUUUCUUUUUUUUGGUGGGUUUGUGUGCGUAUUCGCUUUUGAUGCGGAUCUUAACCGCGUUGUAAAUGUUACUGAAUAAUUAAGUGUGGCUGUGGAGAUUUGUCAUCAUUAUUAUUAUUAUUCAAGUGGGGAUUGUAUUUUACCUCAAUCAUUG